CCCGUAGCGCCGGGCGCGUUGCCGAGGCAGCGGGCGGCGAUGUGGCUGCCGUGGGGCCGCAGCCCGGAGCGCCGGGCGGAGCGGCGGGAGCGGGAGGAGCGGAGCCGGCAGCAGUGGGAGCGCACCAGCCGCUCCUUCGCCCGCGCCGCCGUGUGCUGCUCCCGGCAGGCGCGCUGGAGCGAGCCCCGCGUUCUCCCCCGCAGUGCGGUGGCGGAGCGGCGGGAGGAGCGGCGGGAGCGGCUGGAGGAGCGGCGGGAGCGGCUGCGGCGGCUGCUGUGCGAGGAGGGAGAGGCGCUGGCGGCGGAGCUGCGGGAGCGGCGGCGGGACGGGAUGCGGAGCGAGGAACCGCGGGACAGCCGCGAGCAGCGCAGGACCAAGGUUGCUGAGCAGCUGCUGCAGGAGCACUGGAAGGAAAACAACACGGAGCUCCGGGAGAUGGUGCUCCAGAGAGCAGAGUCGCAGCUGCACAAGAAGCACGUGAUGGAGGCGUGGGGUGAUCAACUAACAAACAAAAACAAGGAGGAGGUGACUGAGCUCGAAGAGAAGAAACGUUAUGAAAAUGAGUACGAAACGGCACAAAGGGAAGAGCUGGAAAGAGUGAGACAAGAGGAAGAGAAGCAUCAGCUGGAGAAGAAUCAAGCAGAGAUGUUGCUGCAGCAGAUAGAAGAACUGAAAUUGCAGGAGGCAGAGACAAAAAAGCUGAAAAAAGAAAAAGAGAAUUUAUUAAAGCAGCAGCGGGAGCUGGAGAACUUGGAAGAAGCAAGGAAACAAAUAGAAGAGCACCGAAGGCAGAAAGACCUUGGUCGCUUUUUGAAGCAUCAGUGUGGUGCCCAGCUAAAGAGACGAGCGCAGCAGAUACAGGAGGAGCUGGAGACAGACAGGCAAAUCUUAUCAGCCCUCCUCAAGAGAGAAAAUGAGAAUCAUCUCUGGCAGUCGGGGUGUCAGGAACAGGCGGUGGCAGACGUGGCCUGGAUGAAGCGUGUCAUCGAGGAACAGCUCCAGUUGGAAAAGGAGAGGGAGGCAGAGCUAGAGACUCUUUUUACGGAAGAAGCUAAAAAAGUGUGGGAGAUGAUGAAAGAAGAAUGGGAAAGGGAGAAGGUGGCCAGAGAUCACCUGAUGAAAGAGGUCUUUGCAGGCAGACAGCGCCAGAUCCAAGAGAAGAUCAAGUUAAACAGACGUGCCCAGGAAGAGACCCUGAAGUAUCGAGAGCAGCUGAUCAGAGAACUUGAAGAGGCAAAGGAACUGAGUCGGAGGGAGAAGGAGCAGGAGGAGGAACUGAAGACAGCCCACAGGCAGGAGCGGGAGGCACAGGGGACAGAGUGCCGCUGGCAAGAGGAGGAGAAGCAGUGGAGGGAGGAGGAAAAAGAGGAGAGAUGGGCCCAGCAGCGCCACAAGGAGCUGGUGCAGCGGGAGGGCGAGCACAGGGUCUACAGUUACCCAAGGGCACCAUGGACCUGAGGAAAGAACACUAAAUGCAGUUCCAGAUUACAGAAAGAGAUCUUUGAAGACUCGAGGAACUCCUGAAAUAAUGGUGGCUCUGGGACAGGCUACAGUGAAAAUAGAUUUGUGAAAAUAUUUAGCUGUGCCCCAGCUAAACAAGAGGAAAAUUUCUACUGCCUUCAAGAAUGUGGGGGCAUGAGCACCCUCAGAGAAGUGUGCUGAUGUGUUUUAGUAAGAGCUGGGCUGGGGCAACACAGCAAAUAAUAGGGCCCUGUGGAUCUCAGCCAUGAAAGAAUACGAGGAAUGGGAGCUGCAAACCAGGAUGUGCUGUGUCAGGCUCCCACCUCUGAGGAUCAGGAUGUGCCUGAGUGCCCAGCUGGCUUUUAGGAGUUAAUUCACAAUGCACUUUGCACAUCAGUCAGAUAAUGUGUGCUGUGGCAACAGUUCUUAAUUUAUCCAAUUCCUCUCCAGAAGGUGCUGAAGACUUCAUUAAAUGUUGUUUUUCACUCUGUAAUAAAGAAUGAAUGGAACCUGA